UGUUUUAUGUUUUAUGUUUUCCUCGUUGUGUAAUUAUUGUGCAAUUUUGUAUCUCAGGAAAGACAACUUCAAUUUUAUGAUCGACAUCUGUAUUUUAAGCUUAGUCGUUAACUGGUUUGUUAGUCUCCAUUAGAUUUGUAAUUUAGAUAGGUAGUAAAAUGGCUGAACAGCUUAGUGAAGGAGCAAUAAUGACAAUUCUCACUGGAGGAGAAGUUGUCGCUCCAGUUCUUCAGAUCUUGGGUCAUAGAAAACUGACUGGCGCUGGUCAUUCUGAUCGUUACCGGAUACUUAUCUCGGACGGCGUCUACCUCAACAGCUACGCAAUGCUGGCCACACAGCUCAACCACAUGGUGGAGAACAACGAGCUCGUGGAGUUCUCCAUUGUUAGACUCAACCGUCAUCUCACCAGCCUGAUUAGCAACCAGAAGAACCAAGGACAGAAGAGAGUGAUAGUGCUGCUGGACAUAACAGUUUUGAAGGAUGGCAAAGAGGUUGGUUUUAAGAUCGGCAAUCCUGUGCCGUGUGACGGCCCAAGAAACGAUCUGUUGAACGGUCGUUUGGAAGAACAGGAUCGGCCUACUCAACCGGUACCACCUCAAUACAGGCCUCCUGCUGCCAAUGGAAUUGGUGGUAACAGAUCUCAAUCUCAAGUGCCUGCAAGUCCUGUUAUCGGUGAUGGAGUUAAAACUCAUCCGAUCAUAGGUCUAACUCCUUACCAGAACAAGUGGGUGAUCAAGGCGAGAGUAACGUCCAAGUCAGCUGUGAGACAGUGGUCCAAUGCUCGCGGUGAAGGAAAACUAUUCAGCAUGGAUUUGGCAGACUCAUCGGGGGAAAUCAGAGCCACUGCGUUCAAAGACCAAUGUGACAGUUUCUACGAAAAAAUUCAGGUCGGGAAAGUCUACUUGAUUAGUAGAUGUCAGUUGAAACCAGCCAACAAGAAGUUCACGAACAUCAACAACGACUACGAGAUGACCUUCACCCACGACACCCAGGUGGUGGAAUGUGUUGACGAAGACAACAGUAUUCCCAAGGUCACGUUCAACUUUGUCCCACUCCAGAAGUUGGCUGAUACGCCAGUUGACACUAUUGUUGACAUUGUUGGAGUGUGCCAAUCAGCCAACGAUGUCCAAACUUUGUUCGCCAAAACUACAAACAGGGAGUUGAAGAAGCGAGAAAUAACUUUGGUCGAUCACACUUUUACUGCUGUGUCAGUCACACUGUGGGGUACACAAGCCGAGGAGUUUGACGCCUCAACCAACCGCGUGGUCGCCAUCAAGGGCGGACGGGUCAGCGAGUACUUGGGCAACAAGAGCAUUUCACUGAUCGGCUCGUCAAACAUGCAAGUCAACCCGGACAUUGACGAAAGCCAUAAAUUGCAGCACUGGUUCGAAAACUUCUGUCAAGACAAAGAGGCAACUUUCACCAACAUAUCAAGACGACAGGGUGGCGAUGGAGGUUCGUCAGGCAAGUGGAUGUUGUUUAAGGAGGCCAAGGAUGCUCAGUUGGGUGGAGGAGACAAGCCUGACUACCUGACUGUACUGGCCACAGUUUUACAUGUACGCGGACAAAACUGCAUGUACAAGGCGUGCCCUUCAGAGAACUGUCAGAAAAAGGUGAUUGACCAGAACAAUGGCUACUACCGCUGCGAGAAAUGCAACAAAGAGUUUGACACCUACAAAUGGAGAUUUUUGUUUUCGGCUCAGAUUGCUGACUGGACUGGGUCUCAAUGGGUCAAUGUUUUCCAAGACCAAGCCAUCGAACUGUUAGGAGUAACUCCUGAUGAAGUGGCACCCAAGUAUCAGGACGAGGGAAAUCUCAACGAAGUGUUGUCAACCGUAAUGUUCCGGGAGUAUCUGUUCCGCCUCCGAGCCAAGAUGGAGACAUAUAAUGACGAAACAAGGUUGAGAAUGUCUGUGGUUUCCGCUAAGAAGCCUGAUGUCACAGACCAUUGCAGAAGACUGAUCAAGGAUAUUAAGGAAAUGGCUGGAAUCAAGACUAGCUCUGAUAACGCAUAAAAACUUAACCUCUCUCUUGUAUAAAAUAUCCUUUAUGUUAUAAUCUAAGAUGUUAUUGAUAAGAAACAAUGUAUUAUGUAAGAAAGUUGCUCGACAGCUAAAUCUGUUGUGGUUUGAAUCACAAGUUAAGCACCAAGUGCAACAUUUUAUGAAAUUUUUGGUUACACUUCAAAAGUUGUUGAUUUAAUAGUUAAAAACAGUGAGGACACCAUGAGCAUUACUUUAAUUUCAAGCAAAAUGGGGUUUUGCAUGACGUUUUUUUCUGUUUUCCUUGCAUUUAUUUACUUAUUAUUCUACAAAAAUGUAUAUUUUCUAAUAGUCAGGAUAGUUUUGACCUUGCAAUUUCACAAAUGCAAGCAAAUUUAUUUUCUUGAAGGUACAAAGCCCUGUAUAAUACAAAGUGUUCUGCUUAAAAGUAGAUUGUUGAGUGAUUUAAGUUUUCCGGCAUUGAUUGUUUGUGAAUUUCUAACUCAUUCAGAGAUGUUAAUUAUUUCCAUUAUUUUAUUUAAAAUAGUUCUGUAUUAUUUGUUCUACAGUUAUACGUUAUAUUAGGAUUUAAACUUAUGUGAGGUUUUCAUUAAAUUAUUGUAUUAUAAA